AUGUGCCGAGUCUGCCGCCCUCAUUGGCGACGCGGAGACGGUCGCGCGGAUCGUAUUUUUUUUGCGCCACGCUUUCGCGGUGUGCUGGGCGCGGCGGUGGGGCCGACAGAGCGCGCCGGUGAAGCCGCAAACGGCGGUGAGAGUGACCGUGGUGGCAGCGCGGGAGGUCGUGGCUCGCUGCUGAGCCGUGUUGCUUUGGGUUGGGGCCGUCGGGCCUCCGCGGAGGAGCGCGGCGAAGGCGACGUGGAGAUGUUGCGUUUCGCCGAGCGACCGUCCGCCUCCUUAAAAGCGUUCUUCACGCGGUGCUGCAUCGCCGACACGCCGCCGUCGACGCUCGUGGCUGCCGUGUGCAAGAAGCUGUGCGGCUUUUUGGCUCGCUGCGCCUGGCGUGCGCGUGGGACGGCGCGGCCGCAAUGGCGGUGGAGCUCCUCACGCACGUGGGUGCGGAGGCACGGAGGCGCCUCAGCCGCGAGCCGCAGGAUGGGGGCGUGGAGCCGUUCUUUUGCCUUCACCGCGACGCGCUGCGUGUCGUCGCCAUGCUGCGGGGCGCACUGCCGCCUCAGCCCGCCGCGUACCAGCACUCGGCGUACGCAGCGUGAGCCGCCCUGGCAAUGA